CGUAGCGAUAUUAAUUGUCUGUUUCCUGUCGUCGAAUCGAAAUUGUGUGAAUGACGUGUUCCUAGAGAUAAGAAACGUGAGAAACACAAUGUAAUACAUUUUUAUUUUAUAGUUGAUAAACAAGUACAUAUAUUUACAUUUAGAACGUGACUUUGAGAUAAAAUUACAAAUUCAAAUAAACUUCGCGGAAGUGUUGCUUGGUUCGUCGCUUUUAAUGGAUCGUGAUAAGUUUGAGAUGGGUUCUCUGUAAAUAUAUUUUCAACGAACCGUACGCCAAUAGUUCGGCUCGCAUAAGUGUACCGACCUUGGGACGUAUAGGAUAUUCGCAGUUCAAUUUGGACAGUGCUCCCAGCGAUAUUGUCUGUUCGUUUCGUCUCAUCGAUAUUGUAUGACAUCUUCCUAGUUUGAAUAUAGUGUGUAUUUUUCGUGAACCCAAGUUUUCCAUGAUGGCACAGUGGCCCGACGAUAAAUGCAUUGAACUUAUUGACUUAUAUCACAACAAGAGGAUACUCUGGGAUCCGAAAGACCGUGACCAUUUCCAAAAAAGCUUAAAAGAUGACGCAUGGCGCGAGAUAGGUGAGACUAUGGAUACGCCAGCAGAAGACUGUAAAUGGAAAAUGAUAAACCUAUUGGCAUCUUUUAGGCGCGAGAAGAGAAAGGUCUCCAGAGGGACCUGUGGAAUAGGAAAGGGUAGAGACGAAGCAUAUGAAAGUAGAUGGUUUGCGUAUGCUGCCAUGCGAUUUCUUGAAGAUCGAGAUCCUCCACGACGAAGAAAGACAACAAAAAAGGAUAAUCUACACACAGAAGAACAGCGAGAUGUAUUAGCAGACGAAAUGCAUUUAGAAGAGGCAGUGUACCAAGAAGAGGAAACAGCAACAUCCAGUUCAUCUUUAAUACCUCGCCCUGAUCCAUCAAGAUCCCCUCGUACAACUGCCAACGAAGAUACUCCAGCUGCUAAAAAGCGACUUCAUAAGAAGGAUACUUCAGACUCAGAAAUGAUGAGCAGUGCCUUUUUGAUUUUAAAAAAUGCUGCGGAAAGCCUCAACCAGGACUCUACUGAACUAGAUGAAAUAGAUGCAUUAUGCAAGUAUCUUUCUGCUAAAGUACAUAAGUACUCUCCUGCAACGCAGAUAGGCGUGCAACAUGCUGUUAUGGAUGUCAUCAUGAAAGCAGAUAGAGGGUUUUUUGAUUAACAGUUAAGACUCUACUCUCAUCACACUUUAUUCAUACCUUCCCCACUGCAGCCACUAUACCAUCUCCUUCUACAAUAUACUGUCAUCACACUUCAUCUACAUCUCCACAACACAGUGGCGUAGCUAGCCCCACGGGGGCCCCAUAUCAAAGUUUGUCGCAGGGC